AUGAAGUUCCCUGACAACACCAACAUUGUGGGCCUAAUCACCAACAAUGACAUUGGGAGAAGGAGAAAGGCUGGCGUAGCAGCUGAGCUUUACCUGCAAGCCUGUGAGAUUGUGGGCGUUAUCCCCGCCACGUCCUACCUGCGUAACCAGGGCAACUCCACCCUGAACAUGAACCAUCACGGUCUGGGGCCGAAGGGGACAAAAGCACUGGCCAUUGCUUUAGUGUCUGACAUACAGAUUACAGACCUGGAGCUGGAGGAUAACUGCCUUCUACCAGAGGGUGCAAGAUACCUGGUGGAGAUGCUGAAAGAGAACUUCACCAUUCAAAGGAUGAAUCUCUCCAACAACAAUCUCCAGGCUGCUGGUGCUAAAAGCAUUGCUAAAAUGUUGCUGGAAAACAUCGCAAUCAAAACACUUGCAUUGUCAGGAAAUGGAUUCGUUGAUGAAGCAGCCAAAAGUUUUGCAGAUACCUUAGCAAACAAUUUCCAGGUGAAAUCCCUGGAUCUAAGCCAUAACUGGUUCUGUGAGACAGGUGGAGAACACCUAGGCCACAUGCUGGCCAGUAAUGAGAGUCUGGAGACCCUGAAUCUCAGCUGGAACUGUCUGCGCAUGAGUGGAGCAGUGGCACUCUGCAAUGGAUUAAAGGUGAACGUGACAUUGAAGCACCUGGACUUGUCCUACAACGGCUUCGGCAGUGAAGGAGCGCAGGCACUAGGGGACGCCCUCCACCACAACAACACCCUGCUCUCACUGGACCUGUCCAGCAACCGCAUCACCUACGAGGCCCUGAGGCUGCUGUGCCACGGCCUGGCCUUCAACGACACCCUCAGGGUCCUGCGGUUGCUUCACAACCCAAUAACAUCUGAGGGAGCCUUACUGAUGCUCACCACUGUUAGAAACAACUCAAAGUCAGCGCUGGAGGAGAUCAACAUAUCAACGGUCAUGGUGAGCGAGGCCUUUGUGGAGAUGCUGGAGAGCAUGCAGCAGGAGCAUCCAGUGCUGGAUGUCCGGUACCUGGGGGUCACCGGUGCAUUCACCCGAACGCGUAAGGUGGAUGCCAUGAAGGUCAUUCAGCAUUUUCUUGAAGGACGCAAGCAAUGCCUCAUUGAUUUCUUUAAGAGCAUUGACAAGGAGGGGACCAUGAGAGUCCAUGCUUCAGACCUCAGGAAGGCUAUACAGCAAGCAAAGAUGCCUCUUGACAGUUUCAACAUUGAGGUGUUGAUUCAGAAACUGGAUGUGGAUAAGACUGGCUUGAUCGAUUACAGUUUCACAGGACAGUUGUAGCUCUGAAGCAGCAGCCACAGUCUACUUGAUCCGGGACAGACAGUAAUAAUGUACAGCUAGGGAAGAUCAGAGAGCAGUUUGGUGAAGCUAAAAUGAGUAAAGAACGUCCACCAAAAAAGUGUCUCGUA